UCGACUGUUUAGGAGGUGGAUUCUGCACCAUGGAGCUGGUAGCGUUUGAUUCAUUCACUGUUGUUCAUUGGAAGAGAAGAUCUCUCCUUUCUCUCUGUCUUUCCUCCAUCUUCUCUGCUUCAAACACUCUUAGAUCACUAAAAGUCUUUGUUGUUUGGUGGAACUGGUCCUACAUCGUAGUGGGUGUUCCACUCGGCCCCCUUACGUGUCGGAAGGAUGUCGUCCAUGCGGAUGCUUCCUCCAAGGUCUGGGGAGCGACGUGGCAAGGCCGUGCGGCGCAGGGGUUGUGGUCCUCGCGGCAGUGCAGGGACGUGCACUAAAAGAGUGUCAAGAGCUAUAGACCUGGGCAAGAAGGUGGCGGAGCACUUCUCCCACGUUUGGAAGAAGGCAGCAACGAAUGAAGCACAGAGGGAGCACAAACGUCCUGAGCACAGCCUCAUCACUGAAUGCCCCACACGAUGGGGAUCCAACGAAAUGAUGAUUGCCAGGGUGCUAGAGCAGCUUAAAGCCAUUUCUCAGGUAUUGUCAGGUGACCGAUAUGCUCGCUCCCUCAUCCCAACCUGGCAGGAUAUUCAGGUGUUGGAGUCUGUUCACAAGGCGCUGCAUCUUCUCCUGGACUUUACAGAUGCUCUCUCUGGAGAAGAGAAUGUGACCAUCUCCUACCUCAAACCAGUUCUUCACCUUCUGGCCACAUCAGUCCUUGCUGAAGACCAAGAGGACACUGACCUGACUAGGUCAAUCAAAACCAAGAUCCUGACAUACCUCAAUGAUAAGUACAAUGAUCCCAGCAUCCAGAAACUUUUGGAUGUUGCAUCCUUCCUGGACUCCAGGUUUAAAACCCAGUACAUCACCGCAGACAAUAUAACUAACAUUAAGACCCGACUCAAAACCGAAAUGCUGGAAUCAGCAAGGCGUGCACGUAACCGGGAGAAAAGGUCUCGUACUGAAACCACUCCGAGGCCUCAAAGUGCACAGCCCUCUGGUGAAAAGGUGGAGACGUCUCUUGGCAGCUUCUUCAAAACUGCUGUGGUCUCUUCUACUUCUCCCUUGCAACCUGAAGAUGUUGCUGAGGCAGAGUUAAACAGUUACCUCAUGACCCCUCCCAUUGAUGAAUAAGGUGACCCCUUGGCCUGGUGGAAGGUGCACAAGACAAGCUUUCCACGACUGUGCAAAAUGGCCCGCAAAUAUCUCUGGGUCUAUGCCACAAGUGCUCCUUCUGAGCGUCUUUUCAGUGCUGGAGGGAAAAUAGUGACUUGAGCUCGUUCGACUUUAAAACCAGCAAACGUUGACAUGCUGGUUUUACUUGCAUAAAAUCUGAACUCCUGAGAACUAUAAAGAAGAAUCAUUCUGGCUGACUGCCAUACUCAUUUUGCACUUUAGUAUGUUGUGUGCUGCUGUUGUUAAGUGAAACUAAUAUUUCCAUUGGUGUUGAAAACGUUUUUCCUUAAGAUUUAAUAACAUACACCAGUUUGUUUUGUGUUCAUUGAGAGUUUGACUUACUUAAAAAAUGUACAGUUGGUUAAAGCAGGUAUUUGUUCUCCUUACUUUUCCUGCACUCCAGUAUGCUUGAUGUAACUGGCUGGAAAUCAGUAAACUUAAUUUUUUUUUGUACCCUGCCUUUCACCCAUAGACUGCUGGAGAUAAGCACCAGCUUCCCCGUGACCCACUAUGGAAUAAGCGAUAGAAAAUGACUGACUGACUGACUUUUUUUUAUAUCCGUUUCUUUUAUUUAUUUAUAAACUGUCCUGUUAAGUUCAGACAGUGUUUAAGAAGUGCAAUCUACAACAUGUUUCAUGAAGGGUAAAAAGUUAGAAAUGUUGAAGGGGUAAACCCACAAAUUUGUUUCCUUAAUGUUGAAAUCUCCACUUUAAAUAAAUCUGAUAUUGUUUAUUAUGUA